UUAAAGUAGGAAUGCUUCGAGAAAUUAUGAGGCCUAUAAUUGCUUGAACUAUCAGUGCUUCCUUGAUGUGUUGACGUUUCAUUUCUUUGCUUAAGCAUUUUUUCUAGAGAUCAGAGAUGGCUUUUGCUGCUGUUCUUUCACUUGAGAUCAUUCUUCGUCAGAACCUCUAUGAACGUAGAUUUUCCAUUCCUUUUGAUCAACGCCAAGAAAUUUUCUCUAUGCUAAAAAAGGUCGAAAAAGUACUACAAGUCCUUCAAUAUUCCCAAUAUAGCAGCGAAGAAUUGAAAUCGUUGGAAAUAAAAAUCAGGGACGCUGCUUAUCGUGCUGAAGAUGUCAUUGAAUCCUGGCAAACGGGCUUGCAGAAAAGAGUCAGAAAAGUUGAUUCCAAGAUAGAAGAGGAAGAGGUAAAUAUGACGGACUUGGAGAAAGUAGUAACAGAAAUACAUAUCCUCAUGGAAGAGAUGGUGAAGAUUCAAGACGGGAGUGGCGACCAAAAUCUUCAGCCAUGGAUAUUUUUCCCAUCAAGACGAGCUCCUAUUGGCCAGAAUACUAUGGUGGGAUUUCGUGAUGACUUGAUACAGAUAAGAGAUCGACUCUGCAAUGAUCAACACCCGAAACUCCAAAUCAUUCCCAUUGUUGGGAUGGGAGGUAUCGGCAAGACUACUCUGGCUAUGAAUGUUUAUAGUGAUUCAUUUGUCACGUAUCACUUUUAUAUUUGUGCUUGGAUAACCAUUUCUCAACAAUAUCGUAUUAGGGAAAUUCUUCUUAGCCUUCUAGAGGACCUCGGUGUUCUUACUAAUAAGUUGUGCAAAGAGAGUGAUGAAAAACUAAAAGAACUUGUAUACAAAAGUGUGAAGGGCAGGAGAUACCUAAUUGUAGUAGAUGAUGUGUGGAGUACUAAUGCUUGGAAUGACAUAAAAAUGUUAUUUCCAGAUGAAAAUAAUGGUAGUCGAAUCCUAUUGACGACCAGAAUAAAAGAUGUAGCUGAUUAUGUCAGCUCAACUAUAAUUAAUCACCGGAUGCGUUUUCUAAAUGAGGAAGAAAGUUGGAAUUUAUUUUGUCAAAAGGCCUUUGGAGGACCAAAUUGCCCCCCUGAGUUGGUGGAUGUCGGAAGGAAUAUAGCAAAAAAUUGUCAGGGACUUCCGUUAUUAAUUGUGGUGAUUGCCGGACUCCUUGCAAAAGACAAUAAGCCACUAGAUUACUGGGAGUAUGUUGCCGCAAAUUUAAGCUCAAUAAUAGCAGAAAAAGAUGACCACUGCACAGAGAUAUUAACCUUAAGUUACAAUAACUUGCCUCCUCAUUUGAAACCAUGUUUUCUUUAUAUGGGAGCUUUCCCAGAAAACUAUGAGAUUCCUGCCUCUAGACUCAUCAAAUUAUGGGUUGCUGAGGGAUUUGUGAAUCCAGGAUCUGGCCAAAUUGGAAAUGUAAACGUGGAUGAGAUUGCAAAGAACUAUCUGACGGAUCUUAUAGGUAGAAAUCUUAUUUUGGUUGGUCAAAUCGGAUCUAUUGAUGGAAGAAUAAAAACCUGCAGAAUGCAUGAUCUUUUGAAAGAGUUAUGCGUGAGAAUGGCUCAUGAGGAGAAUUUUCUACUUGUCAAGAGCAGGUAUCUGCGUUUCCUUCCAGAAGAGGCAAGUUUCAAGCGCCGUCUGAGUAUUCACGAUGAUGCUUCAUAUAGUGGCAGGGAGGAUGAUAUUACAAUGCAAUCAAUGUAUCAUGUUCGUUCUUUUAUAUAUAAUGGUUGGGAUGAUACUAGAUUACAUUCUUAUUAUUAUUUUGGUUUUCAAUUGUUGAGGGUAUUGGAUAUGGUUGGAGUAGAGCUCAGCGGGUUCCCUGAGGAAAUACUGCUCCUAUUUAACUUGAGGUACAUAGCUAUUGCCUGUCAUGCUGUGAUUCCAGCUUCUAUUACUGGACUUUGGUAUCUACAGACUUUAAUUGUUGAAGACCCAACGGGAAUUGCAAGUGAACUACCCAUUGAAAUUUGGAACAUGCGACAUUUGAGGCAUCUCAAAUUCUCUCGAGUUUUCGUGCCUGCUCCCCCAACAGCUAGAAGUCUUUUCCUUCUACGAGAUCUAGACACGCUGUCAAUGUUAGACAAUUUGGAUUAUGACAUCAGUCAGCGAAUGCCAAAUAUAAAAAAAUUUGGAAUUCAUUAUAAUUCCAAGUCAUCUCACUUUCUCAACAGUAUUUUCCAACUGAAAAAACUUGAAACACUGAAGAUUCUCUUUGACGAGCCAGCAAAUUAUAUUUUCAUUGACAUCCUUCGGCAAAAUUCUCCUUUCAUUAGCAUCUUUGGGCCAUCAAGUCUCAAAAAGAUAACUUUGGAGCGAGGUAGAAUUGACUGGAAAUACAUGAGAAUUUUCGGUUCCUUGCCCAACCUCGAAGUGCUGAAAUUGCGGGAGUAUGCCUUCCAGGGCAGAGAGUGGAUACCAAAUGAAGGGGAAUUUCUCACACUAAAAUUCCUGCUAAUAUGGGAGACAGAUUUGGUGCACUUGAGAGCCAACAGUACCCAUCUUCCAUGUCUAGAGCACCUAAUCCUUAGAAAUUGCUCGAAGUUGGUAGAGAUCCCUUCUGAUAUUGGAGAUAUACUGACGCUUCAAAUAAUUGAAAUAGAUUGCUCCAGUCCAUCUGCUGCGGAUUCGGCAAAGAAAAUACUAGAUGACCAACAAAGCCUGGGAAAUGAUGGCCUUAAAGUUUUCAUCCAUCCAACAAAAACGAAAGUCUAUCCACUGAAAUUUGGGAUCCAGCAAGAUGAAUCAGGUCGCUUCUAUCGAAGAAAAACCAAACUCGAUGAGUUCAAGGCUAAAGCAAAAUCUGGAAGCAGCUCCAAUUCAUAGGAAUUGUUUCAUGAAUGGAUUGACAUUCUGCAAUGCAUGAACAUUGAGAGGAUCUCAGUAAUCAAGUCAAGCUUCUUCCAACACCAUGAAUGCCUUUUGAGUUUGAUCACUUGUACAAUUGCUUGUUAGCUAUUUGAUAUUAUUGAGAAUUUAUUUUAUUUUGGGUUUUUGGUUUUGGAUUGUACUAUGUUAUCCCGAUUGUUUUGUACGAUAUUAUUGAUUUCACUCGUUUCUACAUUAUUUUACCUUUGUGAAACAAUUAGUUCAGCAUUUGAUGUGUUGUACUAAAGUUCCAAGGUUUCUGAUUUUCUGUAUGUAUACUUAUCUUUAUAUUGAGUAAUAAAACUCCUUUC